AUAGGGACCACCAGGAACCACUACAUCAACACCUCUGCUGCACUCCACUCCAAUAAACGCCUCAAGUUUCAAGAGGAGACUGAACUGUUACUUACACAAAAAAUAAAAAAAAAGUGGUAGAUAAGUGUGGGCGUGACCAUGAGUCUGUGAGCCACUAGCAGCAACAGCCUCAUUAACCAUUCAGUCACCGAGGCAGUCUUCUUCAGGCUGGCGGUAAAGCCCAGCACUCUACUAACAGUCAGUAGAACACUGGCCAGGAGAUCUGGGGACUGACGUUCCUCAUUAUCAAGCCUUACCACGUACGCAGACAUCACAGCUGUCUACCACCGUAGCUGUCUACCACCGCUGCUGUCUACCACCGCUGCUGUCUACCACCGCUGCUGUCUACCACCGUAGCUGUCUACCACCGUAGCUGUCUACCACCGUAGCUGUCUCACCGUAGCUGUCUACCACCGUAGCUGUCUCACCGUAGCUGUCUACCACCGUAGCUGUCUACCACCGUAGCUGUCUACCACCGCAGCUGUCUACCACCGUAGCUGUCUACCACCGUAGCUGUCUACCAUCGUAGCUGUCUACCACCGUAGCUGUCUACCACCGCUGCUGUCUACCACCGUAGCUGUCUACCAUCGUAGCUGUCUACCACCGUAGCUGUCUACCACCGCAGCUGUCUACCACCGUAGCUGUCUACCACCGUAGCUGUCUUCCACCGCAGCUGUCUACCACCGUAGCUGUCUUCCACCGCAGCUGUCUACCACCGUAGCUGUCUACCACCGUAGCUGUCUACCACCACCACCAUGACCGUAAAUUACACAGAUGAUGUUGCAAGUCGAAGAGGCUUCGGUUCCUUCUGGAAACUGAUGCUCAAAUGGCGAGGCAGCGUCUACAAGAUGGUGUGGCACGACAUGCUCGUCUUCAUCUUCCUGUAUUACUUCAUCUCCCUCAUCUACCGCUUCGCUCUCCCCGACGACUCCAGAAAGACGUUUGAGAGCUUCGUACUUCACUGUGCUCGCUUCCGCAACCUCAUUCCAGUGUCCUUCGUGCUCGGUUUCUUCGUGUCUCUGGUAGUGAACCGCUGGUGGGGUAUGUACCAGAGUAUACCCUGGCCUGACACUGCUGCUAUACUCGUAGCUACACAUAUCCCUGGCCAGAGUGCUGAGGCACGGGAGGCACGGAGCAACAUCCUCCGCUACAUCAACCUCACCAUCGCUCUCACCUUCGCUAAGAUCUCACCGGUGGUGAAGGCUAAGUAUCCCACACUCAACAGCUUCGUCAUGGCAGGUUACUUGACUGAGAGAGAGAUGAAGAUUCUCGAGUCUCUGGAAGACAGAGUGAACGUACACAAGGUGUGGGUGCCAGUGUUGUGGGCGUGCAAGGCACUAGACCACGCCAGGAGGCACGAACUGACCACUGAAGGUGGCCAGAGGGUCAUCACAGCCGAGUUUCUGGCCAUCAGGAGCAAGUGUGGAGGUCUGAUGGGCUGGCACCAGUAUAACAUCCCUCUCGUCUACAUUCAGGUUGUGACUGUAGCAGUGUACUCCUUCUUCUUCUUCUCACUGCUGGGAGAGCAGUUCCUGGACCCUGCACGAGGCUACGCCAACCAUCUCAUAGACCUCUACGUACCGUUCUUCACUCUCCUUCAACUGUUCUUCUACAUCGGCUGGAUCAAGGUGGCCGAGGCGCUUCUCAACCCCUUCGGUGAAGACGACAACGACUUCGAGUUUGUACCACUUCUUCAGAGACACAUCGAGAUGACGCGGCUGCUGUCAGAACCCAGUCCCAGUGAGUUACCAGAGUACAUACAGGAUGAUGACUCUCAACCAGUCACACUCAAGGUUACCUAUGAUGACGAACAUGAAACACAGUCUACCACAUCUACUGAGCAGUAGCUGACGUCAUGCACAGUCUACCACAUCUACUGAGCAGUAGCUGACGUCAUGCACAGUCUACCACAUCUACUGAGCAGUAGCUGACGUCAUGCACAGUCUACCACAUCUACUGAGCAGUAGCUGACGUCAGCACUUGAGCUGAGUAGCAGCUGAUGUUGAAGCAGAAGGUCAAGAAGAAGUUUAAAGAUCACUAUAUACAUAAACCUAACUAAUAAAUUAUAUUAUAGCUAUAUUUAUGUUAAAUAUUGUUGAUGUGAUACUAAUCUUGCUCUCUAUGUGUGUGUGUGUGUGUGUGUGUGUGUGUGUGUGUGUGUGUGUGUGUGUGUGUGUGUGUGUGUGUGUGUGUGUGUGUGUGUGU